AUGCCAAAUGAAUCUGAAUCUUCAACAGUACAUUACAAAGCACACAUUCCUGCUACAAAUUAUGACAACAUUAAUCACAUUGUAAGUGCAUUAAAUAAUAUCAAAGAAAAUAUCAGGUUUCGAUAUGAUGACCUGUCAAAACUUGUUAAUGUUACUAUCAUAGAUGAAAACAUAAAAAGGUUAUCGUUAUCGCCUCAAUUAUCUCUACAACUUGGCUAUGAACCCUACAGAAAUUUAGUUGAAAAAGGCAUAGGAAAAUGUCCGGCUAAUUUGCAUUUAGGACUUCCUCCACAAUUAUUUGUUUACUGCGAUAUUAUCGAACCACAAAUAGUUGGUGACGUCAUGACUCCUUUAUUAAGAGUAAUACCGCUUGAUCCAUCAAAAUAUAUAUAUGGAGCAAACAAAAUGCAUAUAUUCACACCACCUCAUUAUUUACCAGUAAUGAGAAGAGAGUUUGACACAAUCGAAAUAGAUAUAAGAUCAAGUAGCGGACAAGCAAUACCAUUUCAGUUUGGAACACGCGGUCACGGUAUUGGAAGCUUUUUAGGAGGAUUAUUUAGGACGGUCUUGCCAUUGCUAUCUAGUGGAGCUCGUGUUGUUGGCAAAGAGGCCUUAAAUGCAGGUGUCGGUUUAUUAUCUGAUUUGGUUAGUUCUCGUCCAAUGGAGGAAUCUAUAAAAACAAGAUUAAAAGAGGUGGGAACUAAUUUAAAAAGAAAAGCUGAUGCUAAAAUCGAUCGCAUCAACAUGUCUGGCUCUGGCUAUAUAACAAAGAGAAAAAGGCGAUCUGCAGUCAUUUCACCAACAACUUCUAAAGUGAAAGCUUCCAAGCCAUUAAACCAUUCUUGUGAGUGCAUAAAGUCAGAAUUAGAUUUAUUUGCCUUACCUUCAACUCAAACAAGUAUUGAAAGUGGAAUAUGGAUUCAUUAUAAACCAAUUUCAUCUCUUGCCGACGAUGGGCCGAUAGAAUUUCAAGUACCAGGCGCUGGGGACGAUUACAUUGAUUUAUCACAUACGAUGAUACACAUAAAAGCUAAAAUUAUUAACCAGGAUCUAUCCAAAUUGAUAUCAUCAACUAUGGUGGCUCCUGUCAAUAACUGGAUGCAUUCGCUAUUUAAUCAAUUGGAUGUUUAUUUGAAUCAAAAACUUGUCUCACCCCCAAACAAUACAUAUGCGUAUCGCUCCUAUAUAGAAACUUUAUUGAACUAUGGUCCUGCAGCUAAGGAAUCCCAUUUAACAUGCGGCCUUUGGUAUGAAGAUACUUGCGGAAAAAUGAAUUCAACUGAUAAUGAUAACAAGGGUUUUGUUAAGAGACAGGCCUUUGUAUCAGAGAGCAAAGAAGUGGAAAUGAUUGGACAUUUACACGGUGAUUUGUUUAAUCAAGAAAAGUUUUUAAUAAAUGGAGUUGAAAUGUCAAUAAAAUUAGUCAGAUCUAGAGAAACGUUUAAUUUAAUGGCCGCUUCUAAUGAUCUAAAAUUGAAAAUAUGUAUCACAGACGCUUCACUUAUUAUUCGUAGAGCUCGAAUAAAUCCAACAGUUUUACUUGCACACCAAAAAGUCUUGUCAACUACAACGGCUAAAUACCCCAUAACCCGAGCAGAAGUAAAAGUUCUAACAAUACCAGCAGGAGUUCAGGGAAAGAGUCUCGAUAAUAUAUUUCUAGGUCAAGUACCAAAAAGAUGUAUAGUUGGUUUUGUAAAUAACACAGCUUUUAACGGCUGUCUCACAAAGAACCCAUUUAAUUUUGAAAACUACGACCUCAGUUCAUUUUGUUUAUACGUGGAUGGCCAGCAAAUACCUUCGAAGGCGUUACAGCCGUCGUUCGAGAACAACAUUUUUACGACGGCUUAUCAUACUCUGUUCUCAGGAACGGGUAUUCAUUUUCUUAACGAAGGGAAUGGUAUAUCUAGAGAUCAAUAUUCUAAAGGUUACUGUCUUCUGGCUUUUGAUUUAACUGCUGAUUUAUCAGCUAGUUCCGCCAGUCACUGGAACCUCAUAAGAAAUGGUAGUGUGAGAUUGGAACUUCAGGACUGCUUAUCAAAAAUAAAUCCAGUAUUACAUAACAAUGUUUUUGCCGCGAACAGAUUACCCAUUCAUAUGGAAUUACCUAUUUAUUUAAUAAGCAAUCUGGACCCAGAUACACAGCCAGGUUCCCAUUGGGUAGCAAUACACGUAGAUAAAAGCAGACACGGUGAAUACUUUGACUCUUUCGGCCGAGCACCUUCAGGUUCACACAGAUUGUUCCUGAACCGUAACUGUACUAUGUGGAACUACAAUAAAAGAGUUUUGCAAGACGAUUGGUCAUCAACGCUAGGCGGCGCCGUGCUACAUUUCAGAGGGGGGGGUCCCCCAGCGAAUCCACAGCGAUCGCGAUUUGAGACCCCAGCCAGCCAGGGGGGGGGGGGUCCCCCAGCGAUUCCACUGCGAUCGCGAUUCGAGGACCCACCAGGGGGUCCCCAGCGACGGGCCCCGACGAGUGAGCCAGAACUCUCGAAUCCUAACUACUAUUGA